CGAUGUAUCAUCUUUAUCUCUUGUUUGUUAUAAGUACGCCUUGGACAUAAUUUGUUAUAAAUUUUGCGUUAAAAAACAAUUUAAAGUAGUAAAAAAGCUUUUACAUACAUAAAAUGAUGGCGCGCCGCGGGGGAAAGCGCAUUCGGAUGGAUGAUCCUCCUCCGGAAUACGAGGAGCUCCACAGCGAUGCAUUAAAUGAAAGCACUUCAGAUGCAGAUAGUCCCACCAAGCGUAUGACCAGGUUACGGGCCCGGGGCGGAGUGCGGGACAAGCCACCUAUAAUUGAUGACGACGAGGACGAGUUUUUCGCUCCAGUUGCGCGGAAGCGAAAGGCACCCGCUACUCGCAAACCGCCAGGAGAACGAAAGGAGAGGGUUGAGCGUCCGCGCAAAGAACCCGUGGACAGGGGACACCACGAGCGUAUCGACAACGAGCGGGAGAUCACUACCGACGAGAACAGCUUGUACUACAUUGUGCGGCACUCUAAGAACGCCAUAGCGAGCAUUGUUGACCAAUGGAUUGAGCAGUACAAGACGAACCGAGAAACGGCGCUGGUCGCCCUGAUGCAGUUCUUCAUAAACGCCAGCGGCUGCAAGGGCAAGAUAUCUGAAGAUAUACAAUAUCCAGUAGAUCACACAGCUAUUAUCAGACGUAUGACUGAAGAGUUUGACGAGGAAAGCGGCGAAUAUCCAUUAAUCAUGACCGGCACACAGUGGCGAAAGUUCAAGAAUAACUUCUGCGAUUUUGUGCAAACACUGGUGAAGCAGUGUCAGUAUUCUAUUAUCUACGACCAAUUUCUGAUGGACAACGUUAUUUCGCUGCUCACGGGUUUAUCCGAUUCGCAAGUGCGAGCCUUUCGCCACACGGCCACCUUAGCGGCCAUGAAGCUGAUGACAGCUCUAGUGGAUGUCGCCCUGCUCGUCUCGAAUAACUUUGACAAUGCGGCGAAACAAUUUGAAGCCGAACGCGUGAAGUCCCGCGAUCGUCGAGCCUCGGACCGCCUGGAUUCGCUGAUGACGAAGCGAUCCGAGUUAGAGGAAAAUAUGGACGAGAUCAAGAGCAUGUUGACCUACAUGUUCAAGUCUGUGUUCGUGCACCGGUACAGGGACAGCCUGCCGGACAUUCGCGCCAUUUGUAUGGCGGAAAUUGGCAUCUGGAUGGAGAACUAUCCACAGAACUUCCUUGACGACUCCUACUUAAAGUACAUUGGCUGGACGCUUCAUGACAAGAUUGGAGAGGUGCGGCUACGUUGUCUGCAGUCGCUGCUUCCGUUGUACGAGAAAGAUGAGCUUAAGGGUAAGCUGGAGCUUUUCACGUCCAAGUUUAAAGACCGAAUUGUGGCCAUGACCCUGGACAAGGAGUUCGAGGUGUCGGUGCAUGCCGUUAAGUUGGUCAUCAGUAUUUUAAAAAUUCACCCGGAGAUAUUGGCUGAUAAAGAUUGCGAAAUCGUCUACGAGCUUGUGUACUCAUCGCAUCGAGGUGUGGCUCAGGCUGCCGCCGAGUUCCUCAACGUUCGUCUAUUUCAUCUAACUGCCGACAUGGAAGAGACAAAAACAAAGCGCGGUAAACUGCGUCUGCCAAAUACUCCGCUUGUCCGGGACUUGGUGCAGUUCUUUAUUGAAUCCGAGCUGCAUGAGCAUGGCGCCUAUCUCGUUGACUCGUUUAUCGAUAGCAACGACAUGGUGAGGGACUGGGAGUGUAUGACGGAUCUGCUUCUGGAAGAGCCGGGUCCCAAUGAGGAGGUUCUCGACAACAAGCAGGAAUCGACGCUUAUUGAGAUUAUGGUGAGCAGCGUUAAGCAAUCGGCCACUGGAGAAGUGCCCGUCGGACGAGCAAGCAAUCGAAAAUGCACUCUCAGUGCCAAGGAACUCAAGGCAAUUCAAGACGAGAAAGCCAAGUUAACGGAACACUUCAUUGUGACUCUACCCUCGCUGCUAGAGAAAUAUCAAGCGGAUAGCGAGAAGCUAGCCAAUCUGUUGGCUGUACCCCAGUACUUUGAUCUGAAUCUGUACACUACAAAUCGUCAGGAGGGCAACCUCCAGGCUUUGCUGGACAGAAUCAAUCAGGUGAUGAGUAUGCACACCGGCCGGGAAGUGUUGGAAACGUGUGCAAAGACGCUGGAGUGCCUUUGCGCCGAAGGCAGUGCCUCCUAUACGAGAUGCAAUAUAGCCAGAUCAAACAUUAUCGAGGGCGCAGUGAAUAAGUACAAGGACGCCAUAGAAGAGUGGCGAAACCUUAUACAAGGCGAGGAGACCCCCAACGAGGAUGACAUCUAUAACAUAACCAUUACCCUCAAAGUUCUUUCCAUACUGUAUUCGUCACACAAUCUCAAUCCCUGGGACUUGUUCAAGUCCCUUUUCCAAGACGUCGAGGAGGCACAGUCUAAGGAGAACGUUGACCGCUGCCUUCCCAACGAAGCUUUGGCGUAUUGUAUCGAGGCCUGUUACUUCUCCAUUAGCUGGGGACUGUACUACGUGGAGAAUGACUGUGAGUCGGUGAACGUGACCGAUGUGGUGGCCGAGCUGCGCAAUAAUCUGGACACCUUCAUGGCAGCCUGCUUUGAGUUGACUCGCGAUGGACCCACCGUGCAGAUUCAAGAAGCGGCCUAUCAAUCCAUAUGCGAUCUACUGAUCAUUUUCUCCGAUAAAUUGGCCCGCAGCGAGAUCGAGCAUAUUCGGGGCCUGGAAUACAAGUCGCGAAUGGAUGAGCACCUAAUUUUGGACAACUUUGUGCAGCACUACGUGUUCUCUCUUAAGCAAGAUGUUGCUCAGGAUGAGACUCGAAUUGAGGAGCUGCAUAAGAAGCGUAACUUCCUGGCUUGCUACUGCAAGUUGGUUGUUUACAACAUAAUACCAACAAUGCGUGCGGCCAGCAUUUUCAAAUAUUAUGUCAAGUGCUACAAUGACUAUGGUGACAUAAUUAAAGCCACAUUGGGCAAGGCUCGCGAAAUAAAUAAAGUUAACUUUGCCAUGACCUUGCUUUUAAGCCUUAUCACGGUUUUUAAGAGCCUGCAGGAGCAGCAUGAAGACGGCAUUGUGCCAAAAAGUUCGCAGGAAUUUAUCGACCUCAAAGAGUUGGCAAAAAGAUUUGCACUUACCUUCGGGUUUGACGCCCUCAAGAAUCGAGAGUCGGUAGCCGCCAUUCAUCGCGGCGGCAUUUACUUUGCUGCCAACAAGCAGCCCGACGAUCCGGUGCGAGCUCCUACACGUCUGUUGUUCUUGGAGGUUCUCAAUGAGUUCAAUUACAAGCUGCUCAAGCAGGACAAAAAGGUGAUCAUGGGAUGUCUGGACAAGAUCAUUCCACCCGGUAUGCCAUCCAGCCGCGCUGAGGAAUGGCAACCGCUGGUUUUGUAUCGCAACUCGUUGCUGCAUGGCGAAACUGAUCAAGCGCCUGUCGCCAGCAAGCGGGCUUACACACGAAAGCGACGCGAUCAUGAUGAAGAAGAGGAAGAGGAAGAUGAUGAAGAGGAACACAAUGAUCCCGACUACAGGGGAUAGGACCUAACGCAUUUAGUUUAAAACGAUCAACUAGCUAUUAAGUUCAAAGUCUUAAUUAUGUAUAUAAAGUGUCUAGAUAUUAAACAUUAUUCUCCUUACUGUCCGAAGUGUA